CCCCCUCCUGCUCCCACCGCGGGCUCCGAAGCCAGGAAACCCGAGAGGAAAUGACUGAGCCCGUCUCGGUCCCCGCCCGCCAGCGCUCCCCUGGCCACACCCUCCGCCCGGCCGCCGCCGCCGCCGCCGCCCUCUGCCCACGAGGCUGCCGGCUCGGGACCCCCAGCUCGGACAUGUCGCUCUCUGGUCACCUGUGUCUCCUCACCGUCGUUGGCCUGAUUCUCCCCUCCAGAGGACAGAUAUUGAAGGAGGCCACAUCCAUUUCUCCAGCAGAUCUAACCAGUGUGAACGUUAAUGCCUUGACCCCACCAGUCCCAGACACAGUCCACCGGGAACCCCAGUCCACACCUCGGAUGGGCCUGCAGACUGGUGGAACAACAUGGGAGCAGAUGGAGGGGACCCAGACCCCACAACCCCCGGAAGCGUCCGAGCUUCUAGCAGCGGAUCGGGCGAUGGUGACGAUGACAACGGGCAAGAGCAGCCUGAGAGCAACUCCUUCUCCUGAACCCACCAAAGGCACCACGCCCUCCAAGAGACAGUCUCCAGGCAGAGACAUCAGGCGGGACCCCCCACUCGGGCCAACUGGUUCCAGCGAGGACGACCCCUUCUCCUACGACGAGGACACUCUCCGGAAGCGGGGGCUGCUGGUCGCAGCUGUGCUGUUCAUCACAGGCAUUGUCAUCCUCACGAGUGGCAAAUGUAGGCGGUUACCCCAGUUAUGUCGGAAUUAUAACAGGUGAGGCCGUCAGAAGUAGGGGCCGGAAACCCCAUCGAUGGGCACCCCAGGACUGAGUCCUCACCAGCUCACCGUGCCCAGCUUCCUCCCUCCCCUCUCCUACAGAAUAGUCAGUAAAGCCCAGCCUGGGAGGGAAGACCCGGAUGGAGCCAGAGCCGGGGCUGAUGGCCCGAGGCCCCUCUGCUCCCCACCCUGCCCACCCUGAGGGCUGCCCGGCUCCUUGGGCACUGCCCCCCCAAUUACCCAUUCUGUUCAGACGAAAAGUAAAGCACUGUGGUCCUUGC